GCCGUGUCGGGGCUGCUGCACAAGUGUCCCACCAUGGUGCUACCUGGGCUGUGGCUGCUGCUGCUGCUGCUCGUAGGCAUCCGCUGGCUGUGGGGCUGGUGGAAACUCUGGAAUCUCCACCUCCCACCUCUUGUCCCGGGAUUCCUGCACUUUCUACAGCCUAACCUCCCUGUCUACCUGCUUGGCCUCACUCGGAAAUUUGGACCAAUCUACAGGAUCCGCAUGGGGCUGCAAGCUGUGGUGGUGCUGAAUUCAAAUAGGACCAUUAAGGAGGCCCUGAUCAAAAAAUGGGUGGACUUUGCUGGCCGACCCCCGAUACCAUAUGAAAAGCUAGACUUGGACCUGUCACUAGGGGACUACUCUUCAACAUGGAGGACCCACAAGAAGCUCUCUCGUUCGGCACUGAUGCUGGGCAUGCGAGGCUCUAUGGAGCCCCUGGUAGAGCAGCUGACCCAGGAAUUCUGCGAGCGUAUGAGAGCCCAGGCUGGCACACCCGUGGACAUCCAUAAGGAGUUCUCCUUUCUCACGUGCAGUAUCAUCUGCUGCCUCACUUUUGGAGUCAAGGAUGACACUUUGGUACACACCAUUCAUAACUGUGUCCAGGACUUGAUGCAAGCCUGGAACCACUGGUCCGUCCAAAUCUUGGAUAUAAUUCCUUUUCUCAGGUUCCUCCCCAAUCCAGGCCUCCGGAAGCUGAAGCGGUUCCAAGAGAACAGAGAUCAUAUUGUAAAGCAGCAGCUGAAGCAGCACAAGGACAAUCUGGUUGCAGGCCAGUGGAACGACAUGAUUGACUACAUGCUUCAAGGAAUGGAACAGCUAAGAGAGGACAAAGGUGCAGGACAGAUCCACGAAGGGCACGUGCACAUGUCUGUGGUGGACCUAUUCAUCGGUGGCACCGAGACCACAGCCACCACGCUCUCCUGGGCUGUGGCGUUCCUGCUUCAUCACCCUGAGAUCCAGAAGCGACUGCAGGAAGAAUUAGACCUCAAGCUGGACCCCUGUGACCCCAGCUCCCAGAUCCUGUACAAGAACCGAAUGCAGCUGCCUCUACUCAUGGCCACUAUUGCUGAGGUGCUGCGCCUGCGGCCCGCCGUGCCCCUGGCCUUACCCCAUCGCACCACUCGGGCUAGCAGCAUCUUUGGCUAUGACAUCCCCAAGGACACAGUCAUCAUCCCCAACAUCCAAAGUGCCAACAUGGAUGAGAUGGUCUGGAAACUGCCUAGCCAGUUCUGGCCUGAUCGCUUCCUGGAACCUGGCAAGAGUCCCAGGACACUAUCCUUUGGCUGUGGGGCACGCGUGUGCUUGGGAGAGCCUCUGGCACAACUGGAACUCUUUGUGAUACUGGCUCACCUGCUGCAGGCCUUCACACUGCUGCCACCACCAGAUGGCACCCUGCCCUCCCUGAAGCCCCAGAAUUAUGCUGGUGUCAAUCUGCUGAUUCAUCCCUUCCAGGUUCGGCUGCAGCCCAGGAACCUGGUACCACAAGACCAGGGCCAGAACCCUUGA